AUGUCGACGGUGUGCGAUGUUCUCAGAAAGUUGGGGAGGUUACGUGAUGUUGGCUAUCACUAUGGCCUUCCGCAUGAGAAGGACGAGGAGGUAUGCUGGAUACGGAAGAUAGAGGCGGGUUGCGUAGACCUCGUGCGUUGUACUUUCAAAAACAGCGCGUUGGAAUACCGAGAGGGAGGGUCCGCGAACAUCAAUGGAUGGCGGAAGGGUGUCGACGGGGAAUGGAAUUGUAUCGUGAAGACCUGGCCAUGGCGGGAGGAUUGA